AUGUCUAAUCUUCAACUUCUUCCUCCACAGCACUGUAACCAGUCGGACCAUGUGACCCACCUGUCCGACAUGCUGAACAUAAUCUUCACGGUGCUCUUCACGGUGGAGAUGAUCCUCAAACUCAUGGCCUUCAAAGCCAAGGGUUAUUUCGGAGACCCGUGGAACGUCUUUGACUUCGUCAUCGUCAUCGGAAGUGUUGUUGAUGUGAUGCUGAGUCAGAUUGAUGCGGCCCUGGCCUCCUCCGGUGGACUUUACUGUCUGCACGGCUGCACUGAAGUGGAUCCGAUGCAGGCGAUCGCGUCCUCGGAGAACAUGAGCGUGUCCAUCACGUUCUUCAGGCUUUUUCGGGUCAUGCGUCUGGUGAAGCUUUUAAAUCGCUCUGAGGGGAUCCGGAACCUUCUCUGGACCUUCAUCAAGUCCCUUCAGGCUCUCCCUUAUGUGGCCCUCCUCAUCCUCAUGCUCUUCUUCAUAUACGCAGUGGUGGGAAUGCAGAUAUUCGGUAAAAUCGCGUUGGUCGAUGGUACGUUCAUCAACAGAAACAACAACUUCCAGACUUUCCCUCAAGCCGUGCUGCUGCUAUUC